AUGCCACCAAAGAGGAAUAAAUCAAAUAAGCCAAGUUAUCCACAGCAAUCUACAAGUCAAUCGAGCAAUACAAACAACAGCAACAGCAACAGUAAUCCACAGCCAGGUUCUUCAAAGAGAAAGAGCCAGCAACCAGUUGAAACCACAAGUAACAAGAAAUCAAAGUAUAACCUCAGAUCUACUAAUAAAGAAAUGGAUAAGAAGCAAUUAAACGUUCCAAAUGAAAAAUCUAAGAAAUCUCGUCAACCAAACACUUCCAACCACAGACGUAAUCCACAAAGAAACUCCUCAACCUACCACGACGAUGACCUUCUCAUGGCUGAAGCUGAUGCUGCUGCAGAAGCUCGCAAUGACGUACCCAACCUUGAUAAUUCUCCACAACAUCACAACCAGCAACACAACGACCAUGACCUUGAUUUAGACCAGGAUUUAGACCAUGACGACGACGACGACAACCACCUAGAUGAAAUCCCUCAAGACGAUCACGCUCUCCUUGCUGACUAUAGAAUGCUCAGUGGCUUGAUCUUCGGUCAAUCCUCACGCUACAAGAAUAUCCUCCAACACCUCCGCGAACGUCCUCAUCCCUUAGGCUCUGGUGAUGGUACACAGCUCAUGAUUGCUCUUCAAGAGUUAGCUGAAGUUUUAGCUGUUUCUACUGAAGAAACUCUCGCUGGCUCUUUCCAGGUUGAAGCUUUCUCUAAAGAACUAAUUGCAAUCAUGAAUGGCGAUCCUCCGACUACAACCGAUCAAUCAAAUAAGAAAGAACCUCUUUCAGCUGAAGCUCAGGAGGAAGCCGAGAUAAUGGCCGCUCUCGCUGCUUCUGGUGGUGGUGGCUUCGGUGACAACGUUGGUGAGGCUCAGCUCCUCGCUUGCCGUUGUUUGGCCAAUCUCAUGGAAGCCCUCCCCGGCUCAUCAAUUAGAGUUGCUCAAAACGGCGCUAUCCCUAUCCUUUGCUCAAAGUUACGUGAUGUUCAGUACGUUGACCUCGCUGAAGAAGCUGUUUCUACUCUUGGCAAACUCGCUCAGGAGGUUCCAAACAAAAUUGUCUCAGAAGGCGGUCUCACCGCGAUUCUCCAAUACCUCGACUUUUUCAAUUCCCAUGUCCAACGUACUGCGCUCACCGCUGCCGCCAACUGCUGUCGCGCUCUUCCUCCAGACAGCUUCGAUAUGGUUCACGACGCAAUUCCGAAAAUACGCGACGUUCUUGGUUAUUCCGAUCAAAGAUUAGUAGAGCAAGCUUGUCUUUGUGUCGUUCGUAUCAUUGACAGUUACAAGAACAAAGCUGAUCUUAUCGAAAAGCUACUCGAGGAUGGCACACUUAUUACUGCAGUCGUCAGCCUUCUCUUACCCUCUGGAUCAGGAGGUACGCCUCUGAUCACUAUUAACACCUUCACUGCACUCCUACGCUCCAUGUCAUCAGCAAGCAAAGCUAGUGCUAAGGCUGCCAUCGCCUUGUUAGAUGGCAGCAUUGUUGACACUCUUUAUAACAUUCUCACUGGUGUACUCGUUCCAGAGAAAACUGAUCCAACUACGCAAGCAAUGAAAGAUGGUUCUGCCCCUGGUGAAGGCGGUUUAGCUGAUAUGGUCGUUCUCGAAAACUUGGCUCACAGGCCAAAAGAUCAAGUCGAUGAGGCUCUCAGUCUUUCGUUAGAGCUACUUCCACCCAUCGUACCUGUUGGUGUAUUUGAUAACAAGUCAUACGUAAACAAAACAGGUGAAGGCCAAGAUGAGAGCUCACGAGCAAAUGAAGAGGUUGAAAGUCAUGCACCGCCAAGCCUUGUCAACCGUACCAGACAGAGAGAGGCCACACGUCAAGAAGCAAUGCGUAACCGCAUUGAAUGUCUCCGCUCUAACCCAGCUUCAAUCGAUCGCUUUAUGUCUCUUAUGCUUCCCGUAUUUGUGGAAGUUUUCGCUGCAUCUGUCUCUUUACCUGUCCGCAGUAAAGCACUAGCUGGUCUUCUCAAAAUAGUCAGCUUUGCAGAGGAACCUGAACUACAGAACCUACUCAGAUUUAUUCCAAUGGCUAGCUUUAUUGGAGGUAUACUUUCUUCACGCGAUAACCCUAACUUGGUUACUGGUGCUCUUCAGCUCGUUGAGCUUCUCGUCAACAAGUUACCUGAAGUCUAUCACUCAGCACUCAGACGCCAAGGUGUUAUGUACGAGAUUGAGGUUAUUGCCGAUGACAAGCUCAACUCAGAAAAGGACGAUAAGGAGAAACAGACCGAGCCUAACUCAACGGCUGAAAGAGACGAGGGUCCACUUGGUGGUGAUCCUGUUUCCAACCUCGCAAGAGCCCUUAGAGUUGACAUACCGCAAGCUGAGUCAUCACCAGGUUUCCUUAGUCUUGGAACUGGUAAUCCAGCCAACAGACUCGCAUCUUACUUGGCUGCCGGUAGCGCUGCUGCUUCAGCAGCUGCGGGUACCGCAUCACCUGCGAGCCUCGAUAGAGCUUCGAAUGUAAAUCCAUCUGAUGCAGCUAUUGCCAGAGCUAGGGCACUGAAGGAAAUCUUCGCAAAGUUGGAGGAACAAAAUGGUGCUGAAACUUACGAUGAUGCCAAAGUUGCGCUUGCAGAAAUUCGUGAGAUGGUUCAAGGUCUCAAAUCCUCAACUACACCUGCUGAACAGAUAGAGGAAACACUGCAGAAGCUUGGCAAUUGGUUUACUCGUGAAGAUAGCAUGUCUAGCUUUGAGUUACUCCGCAGUGGAUUGAUUGAGGGUCUGCUCGCGUUCAUUACUGGUAAUACCGAUUCUCUUCCUACAGCACUCAGACAUAAAUUAGUAAUUGAAAUAUUUUCAAGUAGACGAUCACAAAUUCCUGGCUCGCCAUCUGCUCUGUUAUCUCUGGUUAAACGUCUUCAAGAAUCGCUCAGCAGAUUGGAACCAUUUUCUGUCAGCACAGUUGGAUCAAAUCUUGGUGAUGAUAGUCGCCGUAGCCCGAUCUCAGCACUUAGUCGUCAAGUCAGACUGCGUUUGGUGGCUGAUGAUCCAGAGUUAAGCAAGGUGCAACCUACCAUGGUCGUCUCUGUUCACGCUAUUGCAACCUUCCAAAUUCUAAACGACUAUUUACGUCCUAGAAUCAUUAAUGGACUUUCAGGUAAAGGUGGUAGUGGUUCAUCAAGACUCUCUGGUGUGCUUGCCGCGUUUGCCGCCGCAACCGGCAUUCCUCCUCCAGAAGCAGAUGCAUCUUCACCGAACUCCAGCAAGAAGGAAAAUAAGGACAAAAAGGAGGGAAGUAGUAAGAGCAGUAGCCGUCGCAGCUCCAAGGAAGAUUUGUCUGGUACACCGACAGCAUCAAACCAGGAAAGCAAAUCAAAAGGAAAGGGCAAGGAAUCGGCCCAAGGUGAUGAGGAUGAUGAGGAUAAUUACGAAGAUGACGAGGAUGAUAUCGAUGAGGAGGAGCUUCGUGCUAUGGAAGAGGAUGAUGAUGAACACGAGGAUGAUGAGGAUGAAAAUGAUAGAAAUGAUCCGUUUGCAGGCGAAUUCGUUGAUGAAUUUGAUGAUGAGUUGUAUGACGAUGAGAUGGAAGCUGACAUGGUGGGUGAAGGUAGACUGGGCCAGGAGAAAACCAUCAAUUUGGAUGUUAAGGAUGAUGGCAAGGAAAUUGAAGCCAAGACUCCUGAAGGUACGCGUAUACCGUCUCCAGCAGUUGCUUCUGAAGCUUCACCGAGUGCGAGAAAGUCAUCCAAAUCUAGCUCCAAGAAGCCUGAGUCUUCAGAAGGUACCAAGGAAGCAAAACCAAAAGGAUCUUACGCAUCGGCACUCAAGACAAAGCCAACCGACUUCCACCUCGAGUUUGAGUUGAAUGGCGAAAAGGUCGAUCUGGGGUCAACCAUCUACAGUAAUCUACAUGACAAUGAUGAUGCUGGUUCGAGAAACGUUUUCGCAAACGUCUACACUCUUAAAUUUAGACGUAAGGAAGGACCAGUACCUAAGAAAGAGAAGAAUGACGUUAAGCCAAAUAUCAGCGCCAUCACGUCUGAAAGUGUACAAAACACGUGGUCACAGCUUCCUGCAUCUGUCGCUCAAGACUCUCAGCAUGCUCUCAUUCUUCAACUUCUUAGAGUUCUCCAUGCUAUGUGCACAGGUGUACAAGAAGUCAAUGUGCUCAACCAACCUGGUGCGGCUCUUUCUCAAGAAACUGGUGUUGGAGAGAUGACGUUUGUCAACAACAAGCUUACCGCUAAGCUCAAUCGUCAACUUGAAGAGCCUAUGUUGAUAGCUAGUUCCUGUCUUCCUGAUUGGGCAAUCGACCUGCCAACUGCAUUCCCCUUCCUUUUUACGUUCCAGACCCGAUACGCUUUCUUACAAGCACAGAGCUGGGGUACAGCAAGGUUGAUUACCAAGUGGCAGAACGAGGCAUCACGCACAUCUUCAGACAGCCGUAGAAUUGAUCCUACGACAUCUCAUCUAGGUAGGAUGCAAAGACAAAAGGUUAGAAUUUCCAGGGAAUACGUGUUGGAGUCUGCCAUCAAGGUAUUUGAGUUGUACGGUGGCUCAUCAAGCAUAUUAGAGAUCGAAUACUUUGAAGAAGUCGGAACAGGCUUGGGACCUACGUUAGAGUUCUAUUCUUUGGUUAGUAAAGAAUUCGCACGUAAAGACUUGAAGUUGUGGAGAGGAAGCUCAGAUUCGUCAGAAUCACCAUAUGUCUACUCACAGACUGGUCUUUUCCCAAUGCCAAUGUCAGCAAAGGAAAUUGAAUCAGAUAGAGGUGAAGAGCGGAUCAAGUUGUUCAGAAUUUUGGGUCAAUUCCUCGCUAAGGGUUUACUCGACUCUAGGAUUAUCGACAUAUCAUUUAACCCUCUCCUCAUGAAUUUGGUUAUGGGUUUGAAUAUUCCAAAGUCAGUUGCAGGUGUCAAGCUUGUAGAUCCUUUGGUCGGAAAGAGUAUCGAGGAAGUGCAAAAGAUUGUUGGUUCAACAGAGCUGUCCAAGGGUCAAAUAGCUGAUAAGAUUGAUAACCUCGCACUCGACUUCACUUUACCAGGUCAGCCUGAAUACCAGUUGGUCGAAAAAGGCGAAAAUGUCGAUGUUACUCUCGACAACGUUGGCGAUUUCAUUGAUAAAGUGAUCGACGCGACUCUCGUCAGUGGUGUGACCAAGCAAGUAGAUGCAUUUGUGGAAGGUUUCUCAAAGAUAUUGUCCGUUGAAGAUAUGAAGAUCUUCACACCUGAGGAGCUCACAAGCUUGUUCGGCAAUGCUGAUGAAGAUUGGACGACUGAGACGUUGAGCGAAGUCAUCAAGGCUGACCAUGGUUUCAACAAUGACAGUCCAGCAUUGCGUAGAUUAAUUGAGGCCUUAUCUGAAUUUGACAAGGUCGCUCGUAGAGACUUCUUGCAAUUCCUCACUGGUUCUCCCAAGUUGCCAAUUGGAGGCUUCCGAGGACUGCAUCCUCAGCUCACUGUCGUUCGCAAGUCGCCAGAAGCUGGGUACAAAGCGGACGACUCGCUUCCUAGUGUUAUGACUUGCGCCAAUUAUCUCAAGCUGCCCGAUUACAGCGACAAGGAUGUAUUGAAGCAAAAGCUUACGAUAGCAAUGAGUGAAGGCAAAGGUUUCUUGCUGUCAUAG